GUUCACUGGUCAUACCCGGCAUCACGAACAUCAUUUCUUGUUCUCUCUUUCAUUCAUCACCCGGACUGCUUUUCUGCUGCUGACCCUCUUCAUGCCAUUGCUUCCAGGAAUAUUUGCUAAACGGGAUAAACAAUCUGGUCCUCGCAGUGCAUCAUCCAAUUUAAACGUCCCAACGACUCCGACUUCCAGAGUGUCCAUUUCUAGCGGCACCCUAACCACUUCAGAACCAGAUUAUGUCUUUCCAGACAAGUCUCUAAAGUUUCUUCCGGCCGCAGCUUAUGCCGGUCAAGCAGCAGCAUCGUCGAGCAAGCUAAAGUUGCCAUUCCGUCGGAGACAUGUACAUCAGCCACAUGUCGCAGGCACUUCCACAAGCGUCUUUUCUCUCAACGAUAGCCCGCCACGCGCACAUAUAUCUGGUGUGGCCUCUGAAUCAGGUCACGACAUCUCGCCUCCCCCACCAAAACUGUCCUUUGGAAUAUAUCACGAUCCCAGCAUUAAUUCCACACAUUCGCUUCCUCAUGAAAACACGCGCCGUCAAUCUCCCCUUGAUACCCCUUCCGUCGCACGGAAUGAGAUACACAGUGCACCUCCGUCUUCUUCGACGACGCCACCUAAUGUAAAAAAAUCUGGCGGGUUGUUCUCGUGGGCUAGAGAGCGUACUAAAUCGAGACCUGCCCUGCCACCAGCAACUAUUGCAGCUCCUCCCACUCCAAGUCCCUCGCCGAAGGAUAACUUUAGUUUGAAAGCUUUCCGCCACAUUCGUUCCGAGUCCCCUCCUUCUCUAGCUGAUGUUUCAGAUACCGAACUUCCGCUUCCUCCGGCCAGGCCACGGCCGCGCGGGGACAGUGUUGCUUCAGAAUCCUCUCAAAAGAUAUCUGUUGCAGCAUUUCGUGAAGCACAACGCCGUAGCCGUGCAAAUUCCCCUGUACCUUCAUUCCGACUGCCUUCUUCCCUCGAUACCCUUCGUGUUGAAAAUAUAUCGAGACAGCGGGCCUCUACGGUUUCAACGCCUACUGGAAGUGAACAUCACCUACCAUUUAAUCGUAAUUCGAGUGCGCCCCCGCUACCCAUCUCCGCUAACCGGACUUCGUCCGUUUUGGACACUAGUACUUCAGAGUCGGAUGAUUAUGAUGAAGAAGUGGAUAGUGAUGGUGUGCCUGUCAAGCCUAGUCGCAAGCGUACUGUGACUCCUCGCCCUGGUCCGCGCUCGCGGUCCGAUGCGGGGCAUGCAUCAGACGCUCAGACUCAACGGCCAGAUCCUCCGAAAUGGUCAAAAUCGGACAAUGUGCAGUUACGGCAGCCUGACAAUAUGGCUGCCGUGCGAGCGAGAGCAUCUGCCUCCACUAGCGCUCUCACACCCAACGCUGCUGCCCGUCGUGCGUCGACUUUAGCUGCUGCAAACGCUUCUGCUGCAUCAUCAGGCAAGCACACAAGUUAUUAAAGUUUGUUCUUGUUUCUAACAUGCCUUUCGGCCUUAGAGAAAUCUUUGCCAUUG